AUGUUACACAUAAUACAGUAUUUCUCUGUUUGGAGAGUACAUGGUACACAUAAUACAGUAUUUCUCUGUUUGGAGAGUACAUGUAUUUCUCUGUUUGGAGGGUACAUGGUACACAUAAUACAGCAUUCCUCUCUUUGGAGAGGACAUGGUACACAUAUAAUACAGCCUUCUUCUGUUUGGAGAAUACAUGGCGUUGAAAUAUGUAUGCAGACAUAUAUCGUACGAGGAUUGUAA